UUUUUUUUUUCAAUUCCAAAAUAAAAUUAAAAAUUAUAAAUUCGAGGAAAUAUAUUUAAACAGGCUACACAAAUUUAUCCGUUAAAAUCCAAGAGUUUUAUUGACAAAAAAUGGAUGACGAUGAUCAAAAUUUGAAAGUUAAUUUAAAUGAAAUUUGGCGAACUUGUCGAAAAAUUCAAGCAGCUGUAUUCAAGCAUGGGUUUAACAUAAGCAUUGAACUUGAUGAUCAUGAUCCAAAUGGUACAGGAUUAAUACCAGAAUGUAAAUUUUCAAGUGUAUUGGGAAGGUACAAGAAAAUCAUUGGAUUAUCUGACUUUGAAAUUCGUGAAUUAACUGAUUAUUUUCGAAUUCGAGAUGGUCGAAUAGCUUAUAAGCAAUUUUCUGGAGUUCUUUGUGAAGAAGGUCAAGAUCAUAGUAGAAAUAAAGAUACUGUUCAUGGACUCGAGUGGAAUGAUCCAAUGCACGUUAACCCUGUAACUGAUGAUGAAAAACGUCAAUUAUGUAUCCUACUUAUGAAAAUAGCAAAAACCAGCAUAAUACCUUUGCUUCCAUAUUUUCAAGAUUAUGAAUUAGUGACAAGAAAUGCUGGUACUGUGACUGUAGCUCACUUUUCUAGAGUCUUGCACUUUAUGAAAUUAACUCUUUCCGAAAAGGAUUUUAUGCUUUUAUUAAAACGUUACAUGAAAGAUUCAUACACUGUAAAUUAUGUAGCGUUUGUAAAGCAUAUUGAUGCUAUAAUAAAAUACCUUAAAGAACAUGGAUUAAUGGACCUCACCAAUAGUGUAAUUUGUUUUCCCGGACAAUUGGCUGAUAUUGAACUGGCAGAGUUACCAUUUCCAAAUGCUAAGCAAAUAAAUAAGCACGCUCAAACCUUUGAAAUACCCGAUAAGCCUGAUAUCGUUUGUGAUGUGAUUUUUCGAAUACAAAGAUAUGUCUAUGAAAAUCGUAUUCGAAUAUCAGAAUUUAUGGAAUCUUUUGAUCUUCUUAAAGUCGGUAGUAUAACGAGGAAUCAAUUUCUACGAGCUUUAGAUAAUGUUGGUAUCUCUGGAACAAAACGUUUAAAACUAAGCCAACGUGAAAUUGAAAUGAUUUUUACAAGAUAUUCUGAUCCAAUUGACAUGAACCGUGUUAAAUGGAAAAUAUUUACUGAUGAAAUUGAUAGAGUUUUCACUGAAAAAAACUUGGAUAAGCAACCCCGACUUACUGUGGAGUCUCCUCUUGAAUAUACUAAAACUCUACCUAAACCAGGUCAGGCAAAUUGGCAAGAUCAAGGUGAUUCUGUUCGAGAUCUUUGCGAGGAAACUAUUAGAAGAAUACAGAAUAAAAUCAAUACAAGACGAAUUUAUUUGCAUCCAUUUUUCAAAAACUACGAUAGGUUAAACAAAGGUUAUUGUCGUCCAAACCAAGCGUUACAAGCUUUAUUGAGUAAUACUAUCUUGGUUUCUGAGCAGGAAUUUGCAGCACUGGAAAAACGCUAUUCUAAUGAUAUGGGUUUCAAUUACAUGAGAUUUUUGGAAGAUGUAGAUCCAGCUGAAUAUGCUAUUCCAAAGUUGAAAGAGCCUUUGCCACUAAGAAAAAUUCAUGAAACCGAGGAACCUUGUUUGGUUAAAAGCCAACCGACAGAACAAGAUGUGAUUCAAGUUCUUUCCAAAAUCAAGAGACAAAUGGCCAUCAAUAAUGUAAAAAUUAUUGAUUUCUUCGAGGGAUAUGAUCAUCACAAAGAAAAUCAAAUACCUGAAAUGAAUUUUCGUCGGGGCUUGGAUAAUGCAAAUGUUAAGCUAACAGUACCGGAAGUCAAUAUAAUUUGUGAUAUUUUCCGAUCUUCUAAUCGUGGUUGUCACGUUCGAUAUCGUGAUUUUUGCAAAGCUCUUGAUGAAAUUUUUGUUCAAGGACAAUUAUCUGCUGGGGACAACAUGUUACCAACUCCCAUAAAACACUUUCCCUGUGUAGAUUGCAUUCAGUGUUUUCUUAAUUUCGAAGAACGAACAAUAGCAUCGAAAGCUUUACAAAAACUUGCAAGAAAACCAGAUCAAAUUUCAAAUCUUCAAUCGUUGUUUAAAGAUUUCGAUAAAGAAAAUUGCGGCACAGUGACUCAAAAUCAAUUUUUACGAGCAUUAACAGUUCGCGAUAUGAAUAACAUGAUUAGCAGUCAUGAGUUUGAGAUUGUUUGUAAAUGUUUUGGUUAUGAAAGAGGCUUACAUAUUGAAUUCGACUAUAGAUCAUUUUUAAAUGUCAUCAAUAUUUUACAUGAGACCGGGCAAGUGAAAAGACAUUUUUGAGAAAAAAAAAUUCACUUGUUUUAAACUUUUUGUAAAUUUUAAUUUGUCCCAAGCUCAAACAAAUACAGGUGAAAAAAAUUUGUAUGUCUCUUCAUUUGGAGAACAAAAUCA